AUGCAGUAAUAAUUAAUUGUACAAAAUUCAACCAUGAGCAAUUUUUAAUUUAAAUAUUUUGCUGCAAAGGCUUUAUAUUUAGGAGAAAACCAGGAGGAAGGAAACUCAGCUAGAGUUGAUCAAACAGUUAUUUGGGAGUAGUCAUCUAGAAUGAGCGAAGAAACUCAAGUUGAAAAGAAGGAAAAGGUUGAAGUGGUGAAGAUAGAAAGAAUAAAUUAUGCAGAAGGGAUAAGAACGUUAAAAUUAUUUGAUAAUAGAAUUUAAGAAAUUGAAGAUAUUAGAAUGAGCUUUACAGAUUCAGAUGACGUCCAACAUUCAAGUGUAUUUUAAUCGAAUUCAGAUAACCCAGAUGAGUUUGAGAAAGGCCAAAAGAAUAAUGUAUUUAGAAAUAGAAAAGUAUUAAGUUCAACAAUUAAUGAUUAAUAAAGACCAAAAGUAAUCAUUUAUUUGAGUAGCAUCAUCAAUAUUUUAAUGGUGGCUGUGCUAACCCUGUCAUUUACAUCUUAUUUCUUAGGAUUGUAUUUAUUUGAGAAUAUUCAAAAUUCAUUAAAUUUAAUUUCAUAUGCAAGUUUGAGAAAUUAAGAAUCUAUCCAAAUUGUGAUGAACAUUUAGAAUUUAGAAAUGCUGAGGAUUGGAAUAUGGAAUUUCACAGAAACUGAGGCUAUUGCGUAUGAAGAGGAGUAAAGAAAUGAAUUGAAUAAAUCCAUAUAUGGAUUAGUAGAAGCCAAUAAAAAAUUGAUGUUAAAUGAGCUUUACAUCAAUGAACAAAUUGAAGAAUUAUAUUCAAAGAGUGUUGUAAAUGUCAGAAUCUCAAAAAGUAGAUUUUCUAAUUAUGACUUAAUCGAAGCUACUUAGCAAAUAAUUAGCAAAGCUCUAAUAGUUAGAGAUAAACCAUUAUAAAAUUUGACAUUGGAUGAUGAAGAUGUGGCUUUUAUUAAUUAUAACAUGCACAAUGGAAUUAUAAUUGAAUAUCGUAAUGAGACAAGCUAAUAUUCUUAUGGAAUUCGGGAUUUGUCAGAGAAUAAUGUUAAAAUCUUUUUCAUUUUUAUGGUAGUGUCUGCAAGCUCUUUUUUUAUAUUAUUGGUAAUGAUUGUAAUUCUAAUAAUAAAGAUCAAUUUAAUACAGGAACAAAUAUUGCAAUUGUUUAUGGAGAUACCAGAAAAAACAGUAAAAUAUUUGUAUAACAAAAGCGAAAAUUUUAUCUCGAACUUAUAGGUAGGGGAAGAAGAAGAAUUAUCUUCUGAUUUCAGUGAUGAUGAGUAAUAGGAUGAAAAUAAAGAGUUGAGUAGAACUCUUAAAUCAAAGAGGAAGAAGAAGAUGUUCAAGAAUACAAAUUCAUCACACAGAACUCAAAUUCUUAUAAUUACCUUUAUUCUUUGCACUUUUUAAGGAUAUUUCAUAUUGAGUUAUUUUCUAAAUCAAGUUAUUAAUAAUAAUUUGAGGUAGUAAAUACCAGAAUUAAACGUUACAGCCAGAUCUGGGUCAUAUUAUAGAUUUGUCGAUAAUUGUGAAAGGCAACUAUUUUUGAAUCGUGAAGAACCCAUCCUUGGGAAGGACUCAUACUCUAUAGUAAUGAACAACAUACAAUUAAAUUAUGAAGUGGACUCUGAAUUGCAUUAAGAACAUGCAAAGAACUCUGAAAUCGUGAAUUAAGAUUAUUAUGACACUUUCUAAUCCAUUUUUAUGUUGAGUCCUUGCGACAUAUUUGAAAAGGAGGGGUAUACAACAGUUGAGUAUUGUGAAACAUUUGCAGAUGGGUCGAUUUCUUAAGGGAUGGCUGUAGCAAUAGCUAGAUAUUUUGAGAACAUAAGGUACAUAAUGACAAUUUAUGACAUGUUUUAUGGGCAUCCUGAGGCAAAUUUCAGUGUGGUUGCGAGAGGUUGGGGACAAUUUCGAAAUAUCACUAAUGACUCUGACAAUGUGACUAAUUAUGUCUAUAAUUUGAAUAAUUUCAAACAGACCACAGAAUCACGGAUUAUGCAGAAUAAAUUUAUAAGAGCUGCUUUUGAAUUUUUACUCGAUUAAUACUUGGCUGCUUUGAAAUACGACAUUGAGGUAACUCAAACUUAGUUAUUGGCUAUAUUCAUUGUUUUUGAAGUGCUGAUAUUUUUUGUGUAUUUCAUUAUUUGGUUACCGGCUGAGAUGAAAAUGACGAGAGAUAUUUGGAGAACGAAGGGGUUGAUCUUGAUGAUUCCAUUGCGUGUGAUUUAGAAGAUUAAAAUGAUAAAAUCUUUCAUUGGCGUUUUGAUUCACAGCUAAGAUUAGUGA